GAGCGCGAUGUGGCCAAACUGUAUGACCUGGGCUUUGACUUGAGAGUUGACCCCUCGGGCCAGAUUGGUGAAACUGGUCAGGUGUUUGUGGGCGUAUACACCGCACAGAUCACGGACACCCAGAGAACUGACCAGGGCAAAUAUCUACGCGACGUACGGCCCGGACAACCGUUUGCCGCCAAAUACGCUCAGUUGGCCACCGAUACGGAGCCGUACGACUACCUGUGCCACGUCGUAGAGAAGGCUGUGAUGAAAGCGCUGAGCCAUCCAAACAUUAUGGCCUACAGAGUGGUCAUUAAUUUAGGCCAACGCGCGAUUCUACGCAACGUUUCGGGCAGCGAAGCGCCCGAUCACGCGGGCUAUCGGCGCGUGUUUCUGAUCAUGGACUACGCCGACCAUGGUACUUUGUUCAGGUUCGCUCAAAAGGGCAAACUAUACGAUCGGUUGGCUGUGCAGUUUACGGGAGAGUUGUGCUCAGCCAUAGAUUAUAUGCACGCCAAGGGUGUGGCCCAUAAUGACUUGCACCACAAAAACAUACUGGUGUUCAACGCACAGGGAGGUGAGUAUACCAUCAAACUGACCGACUUCGGUAUGAGUAUAUCUAGCGCGAUUUACGGUGAAUUGGGUGUAGAGGUGUCGGCCGGCGAUAUCCAGGAGAUGAUCGAGAACGAUCUAUCGGAGCUGAAGGGUAUGUUAAACUUUAUGAUUGGUAAAUGCAGUGGAAAUGUGUUGAACGAGGGCAUCGAUCUGACUCAGGUUAGCCAACUGUCCAAUGAGUUGUCGCGCACGCGGGAGCCGUUGCUGGAUGUGCUCAAGAGAUAUAGUACAGGUUUGGGAUUACUACCAAUAUCAAGUACAAAUGUAACGGCGCCGGAUAUAACAGCACCGGUAAGUGCCGACCGCACCGAACCCAUUGAAUACGACGAACCAACCGGCGAACGACUCGAGCAGCUGUACGUAAAGGCGCCGGCAUUUUACAAGACACCAGCCCUGCAGACCGACCCACGCGUGUUGUCGGGUGAGGCAUACGUGAGCAGCGCCGAGGAGGGGGAGGCGACUGUCCCUAUGGUAAUGAGUGAACCGGAUAUUUUGCUCAGAAAGACCAAAAUAGUUUUGGGUAAACUACAUGAGUGGGGAUUUAACGUAAACAUUGACCCGGAGUCCGAGAUUGGGUCGGGCACUCUGGGCCGGGUAUAUCGGGGCUCGUAUACCAAUCAGAUCAAGAUGUUUGCCCAAACUAGACAGGGCCGGUACCUGCGAGAUAGCCAUAUACAACCCGGUGACCUGUUUGCGGCCAAAUACAGUCAACUCAUGGUUAAAAGCGACACAUAUAAGUAUCUAUCACUGGUAACGGAGAGGGCUGUACUGAAAUCGCUGAGCCAUUCAAACAUUAUUAGUUACAGAGUGGCCAUUAAUUUAGGCCAACGAGUGGUACUCCGCAACCGAGAGGGA